UACACUUACGUCCUCUUCUACUUCAUCGAAAGAGAGAUUUUGAUUCUGAAAUGAAGAUGGUGUUUGGAAUUGUGUCGUAGGGCCGUUUGUGGCAAGGUUUUGUUUUUGGGAAUCAGACAUGGUGUUCAAAAAGAAGCUCUUCUUCUCCUCGAAGAAAUCGGGAUCUUCCGAUAGCUCUAACAGUCCGCGAUCUGUUGGCUCAAACUCUCCGAUCGGAACCGAUAAGAAGAAACCAAAAUCCAAUUCGAAAGAGGAAACUCAAAGCCCUAACAGGAGCCCCGUUUCUGGCUCCGCCGGAGAUAAAGAUGGUUUAAAGAAGAAGGACGGUUCAUCAAAGGGCAAAGAAGCCUCCUCCGAUCAAGUUCACUCUCCUAGUCACGGCAAAUCGAACUUGUCGUCUUCCGGUUCUGAGGCGAAGAAACCAACUGCUGAAACGCCUAUUUUGGCCUCAUCUCUGGGUUUGAAUCGAAUCAAGACGAGGUCGGGCCCUUUGCCGCAGGAAAGUUUUUUCAGUUUUGGGAAUGAGAAAGCAAUUCCGGUCGUACCGUGUUACGACUUGCCGAAGUUGGGUACUCGUUGGGACUCUGGCUCGGGUAGUGGCAGUACGAAGAAGGAAGCCAAUGUUGGUCACAUACCUGCAAUGCCGGCAUUGAAAACUGGUCAAUCCAAAGUAGGAAGCUCAGAAUUUGGCACACCUGAGAAUUCAUAUGAAUUGGAAAAUCCAAAAGAUUGUCAAGCCUUACUUCGCAUGACCAGUGCUCCAAGAAAGAGGUUUUCUGGUGACAUCAAGAGCUUUUCUCAUGAGUUGAACUCGAAAGGUGUACGACCUUUUCCAUUAUGGAAGCCUCGUAGGUCAAAUAACUUGGAGGAAGUCUUGAAUAUAAUUCGGACCAAAUUUGAUAAAGCAAAGGAAGAUGUAAAUUCGGACCUUAUCCUUUUUGGUGGGGACCUAGCGGAAAGUCUUGACAAAAAUGGAGAAAGUCAUCCUGAGUUGCAGGAAACAGUGGAAGACUUGUUAAUUUUGGCACGGAAAUGUGUUAAGGCUACCGCAGGAGAGUUCUGGCUUCAAUGUGAGGGCAUAGUUCAAGACUUAGAUGAUAGACGUCAGGAGCUUCCCCCGGGGGUGCUCAAGAAGCUUCACACUCGGAUGCUGUUCAUCCUUACCAGAUGUACUAGAUUACUUCAGUUUCAUAAGGAAAGUUGGGGGCAGGAAGAAGAGGUCGUCCAACUAUAUCAGUCAAGAGUCAUGCAUUCUACCGAUAAAAGAGUCCCCACUGGAGAAGGUUUGAAUUGGAAAGAGGACUUUGUUGAUCGUCCAUCUCUUCUCUCUUCUCCAUACAAUGAGACUUCAGAGGAUUCUGAAUUGCCUGCAAACAUCAAUAAAAUGUCUUCGUGGAAAAGACUUCCAUCUCCAGCAGCAAAGGGUGUACAGGAAGCUGCAGUAUCAAAAGAAGAGAAUGAUAGUAAAGUUGAACCUCCAACGGUGGUUAAAAAUCGAGCAGCUACGAGUGAUGGUAUGGCUAUUGCUAAGCCGCCAGACUAUCCUCCCAUGAAAUCGUCUCAUGAAGAUAUGUCCAAGCAUCGGCACAAUAUAUCUUGGGGUUAUUGGGGGGAUCAGUCAUGUAUUUCGGAGGAAAGUUCGAUUAUUUGUCGUAUAUGCGAGGAGGAUGUUCCCACCACACACGUGGAAGAUCACUCUAGGAUAUGUGCAUUGGCUGAUAAAUGUGACCAAAAGGGUGUGAGUGUUGAUGAGCGGCUUGUGUCAGUUGCUGUAACUCUUGACAAAAUAACAGAGACCUUCAUACAGAAAGAUAGCCAAGCAGCGGAAGAAACCCCAGAUGGUAUGAGAAUAUCUAACGCGAGCUUGACUGGAGAAUCUGAUGUUCUCUCCCCAAAGCUAAGUGACUGCUCGCGAAGAGGGUCGGAGGACAUGCUCGACUGUUUUCCAGAGGCUGAUAAUUCAGCUUUCAUUGAUGAUAUGAGAUGUUUAACUUCAAUGUCAUGCAGAACUCGUUUUGGUCCCAAGUCUGAUCAAGGCAUGACUACUUCUUCUGCCGGUAGCAUGACUCCUAGAUCCCCUAUUCCAACCCCUAGACUCGAUCCAGUUGAAUUGUUAUUACGAGGCAAGGGUACAUUCCAUGACCAAGACGAUAUACCACAGAUGACUGAACUUGCUGACAUUGCAAGAUGCGCAGCAAAUGCCAUUCCAGAUGCCGAUCAAUCCAUUCAGCUCUUACUUUCUUGUCUUGAAGACUUAAGGGUUGUCAUAGACCGCAGAAAGUUUAAUGCGCUCACAGUAGAAACUUUUGGGACACGCAUAGAAAAGUUGAUACAGGAAAAGUAUCUUCAGGUGUGCGAGCUUCUGGAUGAUGCAAAAGUUGACCUAACAAGCACCGUAAUUGAUGAAGAUGCUCCUUUAGAGGAUGACGUUGUUCGCAGCUUGAAGACCAGCCCAGUACAUCCGCGUGAUCGCAUAUCCAUAGAUGAUUUUGAGCGGAUAAAAGAAAUUAGUAGGGGAGCUUUUGGGCGAGUUUUCUUGGCUAGAAAGAUAACAACUGGAGACAUAUUUGCAAUUAAGGUUCUGAAGAAGGCAGAUAUGAUCCGCAAGAAUGCUGUUGAAAGUAUACUUGCUGAACGAGAUAUUUUGAUCAACGUCCGCAAUCCCUUUGUGGUUCGAUUCUUCUAUUCUUUUACUUCUCGUGAGAACCUGUAUCUUGUGAUGGAAUACCUGAAUGGAGGGGAUUUUUAUUCCAUGUUGGGAAAAUUAGGUUGCUUGGAUGAAACUAAUGCCCGUGUAUACAUUGCCGAAGUUGUUCUUGCUUUGGAAUAUUUACACUCUGAGGGUGUUGUGCAUCGUGAUUUAAAACCUGACAAUUUGUUGAUUGCACAUGAUGGUCAUGUUAAGUUGACAGAUUUUGGUCUCUCAAAAGUUGGUCUCAUCAACAGCACUGAUAAGCUCUCUGGUCCGGUUUCCAGCGGAACGUCUCUGCUUGUUGAGGAGAAACCAAAAUUGCCAACAUCAGAGCAUCAGCUUGAAAGGCGAGAUAAGCGAUCUGCAGUGGGCUCUCCUGACUACUUGGCGCCAGAAAUUCUUCUGGGGACAGGACAUGGUGCAACUGCGGAUUGGUGGUCUGUUGGCAUAAUUUUGUUUGAAUUCAUUGUGGGGAUUCCGCCCUUUAAUGCUAGUCAUCCUCAGCAAAUAUUUGACAAUAUUCUCAACCGUGAUAUACCAUGGCCUAGUGUUCCAGAGGAUAUGAGCCAUGAAGCCCGUGAUUUAAUAGAUCGGUUAUUAACGGAAGAUCCUCAUCGGAGACUUGGAGCUAGAGGAGCGGCUGAGGUCAAGCAACACAUCUUCUUUAAAGACAUAAACUGGCACACUCUAGCAGAGCAAAAGGCUGCAUUUGUGCCGGAUACUGAAGAUGCUCUUGACACAAGUUACUUCCAAAGUCGCUACCCGUGUAACUUUUCAGAUGAGCAAUGUUUUCCAACCAAUGAGAAUGAGGAUUCUAGUGACACUGGAAGCAGUGGUUGCUUGAGCAAUGGUCACAACGAUGGGGUUGAUGAACGUGGCAAACCUGAGGAGUUGGAAACUAGUGUUUCUGAAAAUAACCCAUUCGAUAAUUUCUCGUUCAAGAACCUCUCGCAGCUGGCAUAUAUCAACUAUGAUGUGAUGUCCAAAGGUCAGAAAGAUGGAACCCAACCAAGUUUGCAUCGAAGAAAAACAAAUUAAUGUUACAUGUUAUUCUGUACAUAGACAGGAAGAAAAGGAGAGGAAAAGAAAAAAGAGAAAUGGCGGUUAUUGGUGUUUUGCGAUUUGAUAUUUGUUUGGAUUUGUAGUUAAUAGAAGUGGACAUGGUUUCAUUCAGGCUUUGGCGUUCCACCUUCAAAGAGAGGUUGUGAAAUGUUGUAUCUAAGUCAAUUGAGUGAAAGAUAAUCUCAUUGUUCUUUA